AUGAGUUAUUCGUUUCGACAAGGCACAAGCGCGGACGCUUAUCGACCCUCUCGCGGUUCCUUUUACAAGGCCCCGGGUACGCUGGACCGGGUCCAAUCUCUCUUGCCGACCGCGGCAAAUCGACAGAUCGCAGACUUUCAGACACGCGGUGCAUCGCUAGCCUCGGGCGGCACAGAGGGCUCUAGAGCCAGGGCAGCGCUAGGGACACAAAUAUGGCAGAUCUUUAAGUCUGUUUUUAGCGUCGCGAAUGGCUUGGUUCUCCUGUGGUUUUGGACUCUGUGGUGGGGGGAGCGGACUGUCUUUCGGGAGAGCCUGGAGACAUGCGCGUGGGGGAACUGGGAACACUGGCCUCGAGAUGCGACGCCACACCAUGUUGCCUUCAUUGCCGAUCCUCAGCUCGUUGACCCUCAUACGUAUCCUGGCCGACCGUGGCCGCUUUCCACUCUGACGGUGCGGUUCACCGAUCAAUACAUGCGACGGUCGUUCUGGUCGAUUCAAAACAAACUCGGUCCCGAUUCCGUGCUGUUUCUGGGGGACUUGUUCGAUGGUGGUAGAGAAUGGGGAACGGCCCACAGCUCCAGUCCGGAGGAGCGGUAUAAGAAAUAUAAAGAUUCAUUCUGGAAGGAGGAGUACCAUCGCUUCGUGAAGAUCUUCCUGGAUCAGUGGAACGAAGGUGAUCGGUUCUCGACCAAUCCCCGCGGCCGCAGGAUGAUUGCUAGUCUGCCUGGAAACCACGAUCUUGGGUUCGGGUCCGGGGUGCAGGUGCCAGUUCGCGAUCGGUUUCAGAUGUUCUUCGGAAAAGGCAAUCGGGUCGACGUGAUUGGGAAUCAUACCUUUGUUUCGAUGGAUACGGUCUCCUUGAGCGCUAUGGACCAACCCGACCCCGAGACCGGCAGUUCAGGCGCUGGAUCUGGGGACGGGCACCGACCGAACGAACACAUUUGGAAAGAAGCGGAGGAUUUUCUUAACAAUAUGAGCGUGUAUCGGGCGAAAGCAGAGAUGGAGGAGCUACGCAUGUUGAACAAUCAAAGCGAAGGCCAUCUUUUCACUCAUAAGGCCGUCGAUAUCUCCGAGCCUUCGGUCGCGCAAAGACCCCAGCCUGAGGUCGUCGGUCUUCCCGCUGUUCUUCUGACUCAUGUUCCGUUGUAUCGACAACCGGCGACGCCUUGCGGGCCAUUGAGAGAGCACUGGCCUCCUUCGUCCGAGGGUGAGCUGGAGAAAGACGAGCGCAAUGCCCUCACCAUCGCGGGUGGCUACCAGUACCAAAACGUUCUGACCCAGACCAUCUCCAAGGAUCUUGUCAGUAAGGUCGGGCCAAACCUCAUCCAGGUUUACUCGGGAGACGAUCAUGAUUACUGUGAGAUUUCCCACCGUGAGUUCAGCGGCUCGCCCAAGGAGAUCACGGUGAAGAGUCUGUCCUGGGCCAUGGGAGUCCGUCGCCCGGGCUUUGUCCUCACCAGUCUCUGGAAUCCCAUCGAUCCAGCCACGGGGAAACCCACGGCGGAAGGAAACACCGCCACUACGCUUCAAAACCACCUAUGUCUUCUCCCCGAUCAACUCUCCAUCUUUAUCCAUUACGGCCUUAUCCUCGGCCUUACACUUGCCGUGCUGUUGGUCCGCGCUGUCGUGCGCGCGGCAUUUUCCCCCAAGUCCACCUCAAGUCCUCUCCUCCCCCUCUCCGAAUCCCGCCCCCCUCAAUAUGAAUUCUCCCAAGUACCUUCCUCAGGUACGUCCAGCUCCAAGUUCCCGUCUCCGGGUGGCCUGGCCAGCCGAGCGACGAACUACCCGCCUCGACACAAGUCAUCCCCAACCCAUCAUGAUGCUUACCCGAGUGCAGAUGCAGACGAGGACAAGCUGGACCGUACGAAGUGGAAACCGAGCCACGCGGAUUCCCGAGGGAGAUCGGGAAGCCGGGUGCGGUUGAUCUGGGUCGAGUUCAUCGACUCGGUCCGACACGUCGCUGCGAUUGUGUUUGUGUGGUAUUUUUUCCUCAUUUGGCGGUGGUGA